GAAAGGCAGCGCUGGUCGUGGCCCCCGAGCUGGGCAAGGCUGUGGCUGCUAAGUCACUCCUUACCCUGUGUCCUCUGCUUCGGAGGAGCUUGUCAUGUUCGCGGUUCAGGCACAGCCGAUGGGGCAGACGGCUGUUGCGAUUCGGAAUGUUUUGUUGUGCUGAAAAAGAAGUAGACAUGGGAAAGUCACUUUCUCACCUGCCUAUGCAUACGUGCAAGGAAGAUGGCUAUGAUGGAAGCUCAGUGUCUGAUAACGUGAGGAAUGGCUUAGUUCACUCGGAAGUGCACAAUGAAGACAGCAGAUGUGGAGAUGUGUCGCAGUUUCCCUAUGUGGAAUUUACAGGGAGAGACAGUGUCACCUGCCCAACCUGCCAGGGAACAGGAAGAAUUCCACGGGGGCAGGAAAAUCAGCUGGUAGCCUUAAUUCCAUACAGUGAUCAGAGACUGAGGCCAAGAAGAACAAAGCUCUAUGUGACUGCUUCUGUAACUGUGUGUUUACUGCUUUCUGGGCUGGCUGUGUUUUUCUUGUUUCCUCGCUCGAUUGACGUUCAGUACAUUGGUGUGAAGUCCGUAUAUGUCACUUACGAACAGGAGAGGCGGAUAAUCUAUCUAAAUAUUACAAACACACUCAAUAUAACAAAUAACAACUAUUACUCUGUUGAAGUAGCAAAUAUCACAGCCCAAGUCCAGUUUUCAAAAACAGUUAUUGGCAAAGCACGGUUAAACAACAUCACCAACAUUGGUCCACUGGAUAUGAAACAGAUUGAUUAUAUGGUGCCCACAGUCAUACAAGAUGAAAUGAGCUACAUGUAUGACUUCUGUACUUUACCAUCUAUCAAAGUACAUAACAUAGUAGUGAUGAUGCAAGUGACAGUGACAACCUCGUACUUAGGCCACCCUGAGCAAAUAUCCCAGGAGAGAUACCAGUAUGUGGACUGUGGAGGAAACACGACCUACCAGCUGGGCCAGUCAGAGUAUUUAAAUGUCCUUCAGCCUCCACAGUAAAAGCACCUGAUGGCUGGUGUGGAAUGACUGCUGUUGGUGCUUGCAGAGAUCCUUUGCAUAGAGCUGGUGUCACGUGGAGGGGAGAGUACAUGCGAUGUACAGCAUAGCAAACGUGGAGAUCUGUACACUUUAGAUGCAAGGAGGGAAAGGUGCAAAUUGUAAAUAGGUGCACUUGUUAAAUGUUGUGUUUCCCCUUCUGUUUGCUUUCUGUUACUGUAAGCACUUCUGUCAAGUUGUGUGGUGGGGGGGAGAGGGUGAAUAUCAGAUUCUUGAACAGAACUGAGACUUUUCCUUGCAGUGUGGUACAUCAACUUAGAAUAACUGUGUAUGUCUGUGUUUAGGUGAAGUGUGUCACUAAUGAGCAUUUUAAAAAAAUAAUACUCAUAAAUUUUAAGUUUAUACUUCAGUUCUUGACAUUUGACAAUUGAAAAUGCAGUCUUACUACUUAAAUAACAAGAUUACUUUGAGGUGUCUGGAUAUGAAACUCCUUAUUAGUAACCCAGUGGCAAUAGUCCUUUAUUUUGAGAUUCUACACUUUAUUUGCUAAACAUGACUAGGGGUGACAUGCAGUCUAUGAAAGCCAGGAAAGCUCUUUAGGAUGACACUAUAGCUGAAUGUGCAGUUUCUAGAAUCUGGCUUAUUUUCACUCAUAUUCCCUCUUGCUACCUCUGGGUUGCUAUAAGGAGAAUAUAUAUUGUUGGAUUUAAUGCUGGGUUUAAAACUAAACAAGAAACAACCCCCACAGCAAUUACUGACAAAGGAAAAACACAAAAAUACUCUAGAAAAUGAGCAAGACUUUACCAGUCUGUUUUUGAGUAAGCUUUUUAGAACAGGUAUUAAAAUCAAGAUUGUGCGGUUGGAACUAGGUGGGAAACUUUGAGCAUGGGUUUGGAGAGCUUGGUGUAAAUUUUUGUGAUUUUUUACUGUUUUAAUAUACUAUGUAGCUAAGCAACGUUUAAGUGUUAGUAUGCUGGGUUGUGUUUAUUGCCUGCGCAGGCUCAGUAAGCAAAUGCAGUAGUUAUCUGUACCUCCAGAGCACUCAGUGGUCACAGCAAAGUUAUGUAAGGGAAGAUAAAGCAAUUCUUUCUGUAGGAGUAAAUGCUUAUGCAAUUGUGAGAUUACUGACUGACAGCAUGAAACAGUUUCUGUAGCACAGUUUGCACAUGCGAAUUUCUGGGGUAAUUGUCAAUCGUGGUGAUUAUAAACUUCGAGUCCAAAGUUGUUUGGCUCCUGAAGGCUGACUGUUCUGAGAGUAAGCUUUUUAAUUAGCUAGAUCAGGGUUUUAUUUCUGAAUUGGGUGAGAUGCAGCUGUAAGAAGGUACUAUUGAGACUUUUGCAUUGUAAUGAAUAAUGUAUUUUUUAAAAUAGCUGUUACUGGUUUUAUGCUUCCUAUCUCCUGGAAAUAAGCUACACAAAAUGACAUGGCAAUAAACUCAAUAGAAAAAGGCUUCUGAGUAACUUGCCACUAACAAUCUCUGAUGCUCCAGUACUUCAGCGAAGAUACAUGUCUACAUUAGUCUUUUCUUUGCUGGUCUCUCGUAGAUGGACCUAAGGGGGUGGAUGGGGAAAAAUGUGGGUGAUGAAAGACUGAUUUGAAAGACAUUAAGUAACCAUAAUAAUCCCCCCCACCCUACCCUAUUGGAGUUGCUAUGAGCACUUUGAGAGUCUAUGAAAACUUUUGGAACCUCAACUGUCGGUUUCAUGUGGUUGUUGAUAAGAUGAAGACUUCAUCUUUCGCCUUUAGAGAACUUCUAUAACUGGAGUAGUCAAUUGAGAUGACUUAUUGUAGUUAUAUUCAGAAGAUUAUUCUUGAUUUUUUGGCCCUUAAAAGUAAACAUUCUUUAUUACAGCUCACAGUCAUGAGGGAAACUACUUCACAACUAACUCACCUCUCUGGAGUGAAAAUGAGGUUCAGUCCUGUAGCUGCUAAAAUGCAUUUGUAAGCUUGUCUGAUAGCCUGAAAAGAUACAGGUGAUAACUAAAGACCAGGAGAGUGGGGAGCUAGCUAGAAGCAGAGAGGUGAACUCCUGAUACCUGUUGUAGAAAGAUAUGCUAAUAAUGGAGAGUAGAGAGAGAAUUCUCGUUUAAAUCAUAUCAGAACUGAAGUCUGCCUGCAAGUGACACAGGCUCUUUUCUUCUAGGCUUAAAUAUUUACACACUAGAGUGUUGUUUUUGUUUGGGGGUUGUUGUUUGUGGUUUUUUGAAAUAGAAAAAGAAGAAAACAGCUGUAGGCAGAUAGUUACAUUAAUUUAAAACAAGUUUUACUUCCAAGGAUGAAAAGUAAUCUAAAAUAACUGGAAUGGCACAGUGAUUAACUUAAUUUGUGACAGUAGUGAAUGCUGCUUUUGAACAAGCAUGGCAGGGGGAAGUUACACUUUAUGCAAUGUUGAUGCUCAAACUGGCUUUUGAUUUUGGUGGACAUGCUGAGCAAAAUCAAUAGAUAAAUCUGUUGUUCCUAACUUUGCAUGAAGUGCUUAGAAUUUGCUGAUUUAAAUUAAAAAGUUGAGUGGAGUUAUUCUUUCCAUGUAGGUGUCAGAAGGGAGAAGAUAAAACUCAGUUUUUUUCAUCUAGGAUAUCUAAACAUUAAUUUGUGAUAGAUUUACUGAAUUAUGAAGAGUUCUCCUCUCUAGAAACAAACUGUGGGUUAAAGAUCCACUGAAUUCUCAAAUUAAGCCAGUAGCAAGAGAAUAGAAGGUUUAAGAUUCCAAAUGGUAGCAUUCCCUUGCAUAACUGUCAGCAUAUUAUUAACCAAGUAAAGCAAGUAUUUCAAUUUAUCUACUGAUUUUAAUGUAACGUCAUCAGAUAAGCAGGUAAGCAGCUAUGUGAAUAUUUAGCUUGUACUUGCUUUAUGUGACCGAGCUUGGAAACAUCCAAGUACCAGACCUUUCAUUUUUCAUAUUUGUUUUAUCUUAAUCUUAAAAUAAAGAAGGCAAGCCUUUCAGUUCAGUUGUAAAUCAAUAAAUACAAUUCUCACCAGAAAGUUGGCUUGAAAAAUUACAAAUUUUUUCCUGGUUUAUCUUAUGUGUGUCUUCUGAAGUGAUUCAUAUUUCACUUGUAACUUCCUCUAGUCUUCAAACACUAUCAAAUACCUUUUACCAAUAUUGCAGUGUGUUUCUUUCUAGUAGAAUUCUUUUCACUUGAAUACUUUGUAGCAAUUCCUUUACCAAAACCUGUUGCACUUUAAAAUGGAAGCUCUGUUAGUUAUUUUUUAAAACAGUAAGAAAUAUAGCCCAGAUAUUGCACUGUAAUGGCACUAUUGAAAGUCAGUUUAAUGUAUUCUGUUUAAAAUAACUGUAAAAUUUCAAAAUUUUAACUCAAGUAAGUAUGGAACACUUAGCUGCAUAAGAAUGUUGGCCAUUGGAGAAUAAAGUUAUUGCACCUUUCAAAUACACUGCUCUAAAAAUAAAAGAAUGAAUAAAUAACCAUCCAAGAUCCAAACCAUCAAAGAUCUAACCAUCAAAUAUCUAUUUGCAGAAAUUCAAAGGGAAGCACUCUUACUAAAAGAUGAAAUACUGACAUUCUUGAAUUCCUGGUGUGGGAAAAAGCCAGUAGAAGUUCAUUCAUAAUUUCUUUACUCAUCUCAAUGUCAUGGGGAAGGUUGCUUAAUUUCUAAUCUUAUGUGAAGACAAACCAUAAGUAUCUGUUUCCUCUGUGGUAUAACUUGGAAGUUCUUAAUGCACUUCUGAUGUGUGCAUGACCUUGAUAUCAACCUUGUAGUGUUUAUAUUUUGCAGCCUGAUAUUGGCAGAUUUGAGUACAUGUUUUAAUUGACUUUGCUUCAAAUUAUCCUUGAAGUUCUACAAGUGAAUAUAUUUUUUCAUAGUAGUGCAUUGCAAACAUGCCUGGGCUUUUUAGCAUGUGGUAUAUAAAGGGAACCAUUUAAACACCUUUAAGUGCUUGGAUGGAACCAUGAGGGUCUUUGACCUGACUGAAGUGUUGUGCCCUCAUGAUAGAAAGGAUGGUGCGUGGAGUGGCAUGAGAGAAAUUUCUAUAUUCAGAACACAUUAAAAGAGAAGUAGUGUUAUAUCUUAUUCAGCAUUUAAGACUUCUUUUAUUUUUCCUCCAUUUUUUGAGCGGUGGUGGUUUGUGGUUUUGUUCUCACCCUUUCUUAUCUAUAGCAAGAUAUCUGUCCCCAGACAGCACCUUCUGAAAUGGGUGACUUGUUGCAGAGUUGGGCAGCUGCAGGAAGCUUCACAUCAGCUGAACUGCACUUGUUAAGAGAUGAGCAAGACUAGCAAUGGUACCUCUAAGAACUAAUUUUUUACUUGCCUGACUAACAAAAUGCCACAACCUUAGUAAUGCUUCCAGGCUUUAAACUACUGAAAGGGAAGGAUAAAUAUUGCAAGUGCAACCAAUAUACUUAAGCAAUGGACUACUUGCAACCAGCAAAAUGUUUGUUAGUGAUGGCCCUGGUCAUUCCAAAAAGUCUCAUUUUUUUUUCUUUCGCCCCAGGGAAGAAGGAAGAGAUCCCAGCCAAAAGAUGUUGAGAACAAUUAUUUGGCUGUGGCAAACUUCCAGUGUUUGUUCCACUUCAGAAGUCCCCUUCCUAUUUUAUGUUUAUUUGGGAAUUCUGAUCAUUACCAGAGGAUAGUUUAGGGUAGUUCUACUACCUGCAGCUUUUGCCAUGUGAAUCUGCUUUCCCAUGGGUAGGCAGGCCUGUGGGCCAGGAAGAACAGUCUGCAUGGGAUCUGCACCCUUUGUGUGGAGAGCCCUGCAGUCCAGUGGGAGACUGUUCAGUGGGAGUAGCAUCCUGAUCCUCACAUUCUCCUCUUCCAACCAUCACAAGGGUCCUACAGUUUGGAUGCAUGUGUUUCCUGGGUACUGAAACUGCUAUUGCUUUGCACGGGCAGGGAUGUUUAGUACCACACAUGGAAGUGUAUUAUGGUGCCUGAGUAUUUUGGGUCUGACUGACUGUGAUUUAGUUCUUUUGUUUGUUUUAAGGAAGCAAAUUUAACUGCUGUUAACAUCCACUGUACAGAGUGUGCAUAUAAUAGCUUGAGAUAUGUAUAGAAAUACUAAUGAGUGAUAACUAUUUUUGUAACUUAAGAUGUUCUUGUAACUGUGUAGCAAACAAUCUAUCCACUAAAGCAUGAUAAACUCUCUAGAAGUCAAAGAGUAUUUUGGGAUGACUUGUAGGACAAGCUAAUGUAAGCUGACAGGGGCACAAGGGAUCUUGUUAUUCAGAGGUUCAAAAUCUGGACCUAAUUUCAUUCUGAAUAUGUUUCUAGACAGGCUUGUUUGACUCAAAGAAUGAUAUUAAAUUUUCUAUUUAAAAAGCUUGGAUCACGUAUAUCUUUUUUUCUUAACUGACUUAAUAUUUUUCUCCCCUUCUUUCCUGUCUCCCACAAGUUUCCCCUCUAUCUCACCAUAUUUUCCCACAAGCUUUCAUGUAUUUUCAAGGAUAUGACUUCAAUUUUUGUAACUUGGCAUUCCAUGAUGUGAAGACUUUGCAAUCUACUUUUUUUAUACUAUGUUUUAUUGUGUUAAGUCUGUAAUAAACUUGAGUAUCUGAAAGCUGAA